GAAACAAAAAAGUUAUAUUUGUUUAAAGUCAUUAUUCGAAGCAAAUUCCGAUGAAGCAUUUAUGACGUAAUUUAUCACGUGGUAUACACACACAGUAUAUAAUUGGACUGUUCUUGUAGUUGCAGUAUUAAAGUGACAUUCUUAUUUAAAAUCAAUACAUACACAUGUAGUACAAACAUCAAUUCUGACUGAUAAACAUUUAACUAAUUACAAAAUAAUGCAUACAUGGAAAAUAUUAAUGACUGAUAACAAAAGUGUAACCAUGUAUUUAAUAGCAGAAAGCGCAAAAAUAUUAAAUGGUUGGUGAAUGCUAAGAGAUUUACUGUGGUCUAAUAUAGUUUCAAAAGUAGAAAUACUGUUUUUAUGCUUAUUUCUUUCAAAUUAAACUCGAUAUCCUUCAAAUGAACCAUUGUUUUCGACAAUUAUUCAUCCUUUUUGGUAUAUUAAAACAAUGUUAUUAAUUGUGGUGCAUCUUGUUUGAGAGUAAGAGUGCAUCUUUAUAUAUGGUUUAUUUUUCUGGCACUUCAUUUGGUCAUGAUUACGGCGCAACAUUUGCAACAUUAAUUGAUAACGUUAUCGUUUUUAAACCUGUCAAUGUGCACAUUUAAAAUUCAGAACAUUAGUUACAGAUUCAAUGUUAUAAUGAUUAUCAUUCGAACACUGUCGUAAAUGACCCACAUAUAUACAUUUAUAAAUGAUUAUGCUAUCAGUGGCCUCACACUAUCCCUCGUCACUGACGGUGGUAUGACGGAGAUACUUAAAGUGAGAUAAAAUGCUAUACUCUUAUCAAGAGCACUUACUACCCUUCCCCGGCGUACAAAGCAAACAGAAUCCUCUGUCGCUAUUCAUUUUAAUGUUUGAACUGUAUGGAUCUAAUCAACCCAUUAGAUAGAUAACCAGAUUCAUUUGUGUUGGUUAGUUAAUACAGAGGAAGACCUUAAAGUGAUUGAAAGAUGGUUGAGUUUUACUACGACCUUUUGUCGCAGCCAUGUCGAGCAGUCUACCUUUUUUUGAAGGCUGCUGGGAUUGAUUUUACACCAAAAGUUACAAGCCUUAUAAAGAGGGACCACUAUGAGCCCGAGUUUACCAAGAAGAAUCCCUACCAUAAAAUUCCAUUAAUUGACGACGAUGGCUUCAUACUGGCAGAAAGUGUGGCCAUUAUGCGCUAUCUGGCUAUGAAGAAUAAUGUUGCUGACAGCUGGCUACCUCAGAAUGACGUCAAACAAAUGGCCCGCGUGGAUGAAUUCCUAAACUGGCAGCAUCUUUGCGUCAGGAAACCAUGCGUCGAUCUGUUCCUUGGAACGUUUCGGAGUCGUGUUGGGGUGGGUAAAUUUACGAAGGAACCGCUCGAUGAAGAAAAAGCCAAAACUUUCAGGGAAGAAGUUAAGAAAUGUGUGACCCACAUUGGGGAACAUUAUCUUAAGGACCGCCCCUUUAUCGCCGGGGAUGAAAUAUCCGUUGCAGACAUCCUUGCGGUCUGCGAGUUAGGACAAUUGACCGGAAUCGGAGCGGAAAGCCUUUAUAUGGAGAACGAGACUGUUAGUGCUUGGUUCGAAAGAGUGAAGGCAAAAUUGCAGCCUCAUUAUGAUGACUCCAUGGCAACCCUUUUGGGCUUAAAGAAAAUGUUCGAUGAAGCGAAGGCAUAAUUUGUUGACAAUAUAUUUUGAAAUGUGUAUGUUGCAUUGUUGUAAAGGAGCAUUUUCAGAUAUCAUAUUUAUUGUAUACGUCUUUUAGAAAUAUAAUAUAUAUUGGAUA